AGUACCUGUCUUGAAGCAUCACACUCAUCGCAUCAUUGAUAGUUUAUUAACCCGCCGUGACCCCCGUGAAGAACUGUAUUGCCUGAAGCUCGCAUAUACCCUGUAGGAUAGUUGCUUUAUCUUUUUCCGACCACACCACUUCUAUCUUCACCGUAUCGCCCCUCCAAGCUCUCGUGCUUAGCAAGCAUUCUUUAUCAGCUUUCAUCUCGACCUUCACACAAUUAACCAGAUCUCACCCACUUGAAACAUGGCGCCUGGCGAGGGUGAGAGGAGUUCGCGACCGCUCUCGGCGGACCCAAGUGACGAAGAGAACCGUAAUGAGAGCACACAUGAAUCAUCGGAGGGACCGGCUUGGUACUAUCAAACGGAAGAAGAUGAAGACGAGGAUGAGGAAGACCCAGACUACGAGGAUGAACCCGACGAAGAAGAUGAAGACGAUUUUCAAGGUGCUAAUGAUCGUGACAUUGAAAUAUUGAUGGAGAAUGGAGGUGAUGACGACGACGACGAGGAAGACGAGGACGAUAUUGAAGGGGUUAAUGACACGCAACGACUCGUAAACAUUGUACGGACCGGUGCUAGAACAGGACUACUAACACGGAGACAACUUAUUGCCUUGAUGCAGAGUCCUGAUCUUACCAGUGUUUUAUUCCAAGACAAUCCUGGGGACGACGCCGAGUUCUUGCAUAACUGGCCUUUCAAUCGACGUCGAACACCCAAGGACCCGAAUCGCUUUCCGAAAGUGCCAAGUGAGCAGGGCAUGAAGCUUAUGCGAUCAGGAGCAUUUGGUGCAAAUAACUACAACCCCAGAGCAAAGAGGCCACUUGCUGUGAGGAUGCUCGAGCGGGAGUUGGCUUUGGGGAAUCGUGAAGAUCAGAUACGAAAUAAUGCUCUCAUCAACCAGAGUCUACUACCAAAAUCAAGAGCCGAAAAAAUUAUUCAUUUCGAUGACCCCGUGUAUUCUGGACAGUUUUCGGACGAUGGAAACUUCUUUUUCGCCUGCUCUCAAGACUUCAAAGUACGGAUGUACGACACUUCCAGCCCAUACAAUUGGAAGCAUUACAAGACAGUCAGCUACCCAUGGGGACAAUGGACACUCACAGAUGCAUCAUUAAGUCCUGACAACAAAUGGCUCGCGUAUACUUCAAUCCAGACUAUGGUCUCCAUAGCUCCUACGGAUCCAAACGAUACUGGAGAUCCCUAUACACUGGAUUUAGAUGACGGCCCCCCGCAUGGAUGGCAUGGGCGACGUGGCUUCGGUAUCUGGUCUAUCAGGUUCUCAGGUGAUGGAAGAGAACUGGUGGCUGGAACGAGCGCGGCCUCAAUCGUGGUAUAUGACAUUGAGUCUCGAACAGUUCUUCACCACGUUCGCGGCCACUCGGAUGAUGUCAACGCCGUGUGCUUUGCUGACAAGAUGUCACCGCACAUCCUUUAUUCGGGUUCCGACGAUACAACAAUCAAGGUCUGGGAUCGGCGAAGCAUGGGCGAUCACCGAGAAGCUGGCGCUUUUGUCGGCCACAUCGAAGGCCUGACAUACAUCGACAGCAAGGGAGAUGGACGAUAUAUUCUCAGUAACGGAAAAGACCAGUCAAUGAAACUAUGGGAUAUACGAAUGGCCAUGUCAACCGAUCGAUACAACGAACUUGAUCUGACAGCACAUGCAAACACCAGUGGCUUCGAUUACCGGGGUGGCAUAUAUGACGACGAGGACUGGGAUGUGCACCCCCAUGAUAAUUCGCUUGUGACCUUCCGAGGUCAUAAAGUCCUUCGAACUCUUAUUCGAUGCCACUUUUCACCUCCGACGUCCACCAAUUCACGAUAUGUAUACUCGGGCAGCACCGAUGGCAAGGUAUACGUUUGGAAUAUGGAUGCAAGCUUGGCUGGAAUCGUAGAUGUUAAGAAAGCUACCAUGCGCACUCGGCCAAUGGACAAUCGACACCGCUUCUAUCAUUUUGAUGAACCAGGCAAUUGGGGCACUUGUGUCCGCGAUGCAAGCUGGCAUCCCACUGCCCCUCUCCUUGUUGCGUCUGCUUGGAAUGGGUAUAACAUGGCAAGAGGAACGUGCACGCUACAUUCGUAUAACGACAACGUGGAUGAUGAAGGAGAACCACCGAUGGGCCAGAGUGUCAACCACUUGCUCAAGGAACAACCUGAGCUAUAUCAGAACUCAACAUAUGGAGUGCGUUAG